AAACUUACUAAAAAUGGAGGCCAACAUGAUCGUACUGGCUAGACUCAAGCCAAGAGCUUAUGAAGAGCAAGAUGAUGCAAGGCUAUGGCAGGUUGUCAGAGACAAAACUAUUUAUCCAACAGAUAUCACUAAAGAUCCAAGGAAGCAGCCAGGAUUUGGAAAUAAGCACAACCCGGACAAAUUCUCAAGUAGUCAAACUAGUGAAAGGUAUGGACUUGGUGAUCCUGAACAUAAGAUUAAGACCAGUGAUACAGAUUUUCAUACUUUCGAUCAUAUCUAUUCUGAAGAUAGCUCAACAGAAGAUAUUUUUAGAGAUAAGAUCCUCGACAUCAUUAAAGAGUCUCUCAAUGGAGUCAAUGUUACCAUAAUGGCAUAUGGACAAACAUCUUCAGGUAAAACUUAUACCAUGCAAGGAGACUUUGCAAACCCAGGGAUUAUCUGUCUCACAAUCAGGACUCUGUUCCAGCUCCUCAAAAGAUGGCAAAAAUAAAGCUGGACCUGAAGCUGAUUACUCUAUCAAUGUAAGUUAUCUUGAGAUCUACAACGAAACAGUAAAUGAUCUCUUGAAUGAAAACAAUAAAGACAUGAACAUUCGAGCUGGAGCUCAUGAAGAAAUAGCCAUCCCCGGCCUCACUUGAAAUAGGGUCGAGAAAGAAAUUUCAGUCUUUGAUUGGCUUGAAUAUGGAGAGCAAAUCAGACAAAUUGAUUCUACUGAUUUCAACGAGACCAGUUCAAGGUCUCAUACAGUCUUCAAGAUUUCACUUGAAAUGUCUUCUCUUGAUAUAAACCAGAACACAAAAAUUGCAAAAUCUGAAAUCAACUUAGUCGAUCUUGCAGGCAGUGAAGGUGUUUCUUCUGGAGGGACUAAAAAGAAUGCAUACGAGCGAGCUAAUAUUAACAAAUCUCUCCUCGCUCUCAGAAAGAUAAUAUCCCAAAAUCUUUCAGCCCAGAACAAAAAUUCUGACUUGAGAAGGGCUCAAGUCAAGCCUCUGUACAGAGACUCCAAGCUAACACGAAUUUUACAAAAUUCACUCAACGGGAAGUCUCUCACCUGAAUAAUUUGCACCAUAAAUCAAGACUCAAGUAGUAAGUCGGAGUCUUUGCAGACACUAAAAUUUGGCUGCGAGGCCAAAAAGAUCAAGCUAAACUUCAAAGUUCAAAAGCAGCCUCAGUUCUCAAACACGAGCAUUCAAUCAAUGGAAAUAGUCAAAACUCUUGAAGAAGAGAACAAGAACUUGAAGGAAGAAAAUGAAGAACUCAAACUGAAAAAUCAGGAGUACAUGACCAAGAUGAAAUCAAGAAUUUCAGCAACCCCUGAUUUCAAAGAGAGCAAGAAGGAAAAUCUGUACCUCUCUGGGUACCUCCAAUACACACAGCAUAAGCUAAUGGCUACGACUAAAGAUCUGAAGAUGACAAUGCGAAAUAAUGAAGGCAUCCAACAACAAAAGAAGAGAGUUGAACAACAACUGCUGCAAAAAUAAGGAAGAAUGUAAUGAACUGGCUCAGAAAUAUCAGGACUUGCAAGAAGCCAUGGAUCGAUAUGGCACUCCUGACUCCAUAGAACCACUAGGGCUUGACUGAAACCAUGAGAACACUGGAGUUCCAAGAGAGUUCCUAAAGUCCUUAGCGAAAGAAGAUCUUAUAGAAGAGAGUGGCUAUGAUUGACUACAACAGGUAGAGGAAGAGAUGAGUGUUGAUAACUCAGAUGAAAAAGAAACAGAUGUAGAAGGCUUAAUGAAAAGGAUCAAACGCCUAGAAGAAGAAAGAGAUAUGCUCAGAGCUAAUUAUAAAAUUGAUAACCAAGAAAUGGCGCAUAUUGCUUCAAAGUAUAAAAGUGACCAUGAAGCAAUCAAAGACCUCGAAGAUCGCAAUUUACAUCUCUCUCAAGAUCUAGAAAACAUGAGCACUGAAAACCAUGAUCUUAAGCACAAACUAGGAGAACUCACUAAAAAGCUUAACAAAGCUAUGAACCAUAAAGACUCCAAAGAACUUUUCAACGUGCGUGAGGAGAACAUGAGACUCACAAAAGCUCUCGAAAUCGAGAGGUCCGAAAACGAGAGAAUCCUCAAAGACCUUGAGCUCUUAAAAUAACAACAUAAUCCCUACCGACACUGUCGAAAUGCCUCCCCCUACUUCCCACCCCUCUUCUGAAGAAGUCCUUCACAACAUAAUUUUCGACUGUAACCAACAAAUCGACCAACUGCACUCCAAAUUAACCAGUCUGCGUAUCUCAAAUUCAAGGCUGAAAGGUCAACUUCUUGAGCAAGCCAAGAAGCAAAACUCUUGUAAAACAAAGCCUCACAAAGGCAGGACUAGUAAGACCAAAGAUGAGAUUUAUUCAGCACUGAAGAACCUGCAAGAGCAUCUGAAUAAGAGCAUCUCUUCGAUAGAGUUCCAGCAGAAUGAGGUUAGGGCUUGUAAAACGGCCAAGAAGAUGAAUAUGAAGGAGUUUAAACAGGCUAUUGGGACUCCGAGGAAGGAUACACAUAGUUCUAUGAGGAUGGUAAACCAAGAGCAAAAGAACCUUCUAAACUAUGUCAGCAACAUGCUAUCCGAUAUCUGUAAAGACGAUUCCAAAAUAGCUCCUCAAGAAGACCUAAACCACCUCUAUGGAGACAUAAUCGCUAUGAAGGCAUCUUUAAUGUGGAUGAGAACUUAACUAUAUACUUAUUUCAUUAUCUAAUAAUAUCCUUG